AUGAUGAAAGUAUUCAAGAUUGGUGUUAUUGAAAUCAUCAGAAUUCUUGUGUAUUUGCAGGUUCUACAGUUUGUGCCAUGCCAGGUGUCGGAUCACAAUGAACCACAUGGGGAAAAUAAGGAAUUGAGUGAAUUCUAUACAAAACUGUACAAAGCGGAUGAGAAUAAACUUCGACCUGGUAUAGAUUACAAACUCAAUUUACAAGCAAAUCUUGAGAAUACUAGAAAGCUUGUAGAUUUGUCAACUAAGCCAUUGUUCGAAUUUGUUGAUGAAGAUAUAUUGAGAAACAGACCGACAUUUGCAAAGUUCGUUGCACUAUUGGAUAACUACAAUCCUCAAGUUGGUGUCACUGAAAUCGUCACAGAACAACAACAGAAGGAGGAAGAUGACUUUAUCAAUGAAUUGCUAAAAACAAAAGUCAUGAAAAUGACUUAUAAUUUCCUUAUCGAAAAACAAAAGUUGUCAGGAGAUAUUAAAAACUUUGGAAAAUUCUUGAAGGAUUUGUGGUUCAAGCGAUAUAAACGUAGAAGUCCUGGAGAUUCAUCCGCUUUUGAACAUGUAUUCGUUGGUGAACAUAAAAAAUCCAAAAUACUUGGAUUACAUAAUUGGAUUCAAUUUUAUCUGAAAGAAAAGAACAAAGAAAUAAAUUAUUAUGGAUGGAAGAAGAGUAUAUGUAAUGACCGACUACUCAGUCUAACUUAUAUUGAUAAGGAUAAAUAUGAAAAACCGAUAGGAGGUAUUUUUGUUGGAUCCUCUCCAGAAUUCGAUAUAGCUGUAUACACUGUUGCUUUUGCAUUAUAUCCUAAAUCACUAACUGAUGUAGAUAUCGCCGGAUGCAAGAUACGGAUAACUUGUUAUGAAUUAUCUCCCUCUGAAAUGAGUACAUGUUAUAUGGGAUGAAUGAACAAUGUGAAGGAAAAGAAAAACUCAUCAUUUUUUAUCAUUAAACAUUAAGUGAAUAACAGAAUAUUGUACAAGCCUCCUAUUUGCAUAAAACAUUGUAAAUUAAUUGUGAGAUCUUUU